AUGCAAAUUACACGAAACAACGGACCACUUAACGGAGUUGCAAAACUCUUUUUGGAAGCAAUAAAUCGCGGUACAAAAUACACACAAAUAGAACAAGAUAUUCGACAAUACUUGAAAAGAAACAAUCUGACACCUGAAGAAUUUGUGAAGCAGCUAGAAAAAAAGGAUUAUCGUCGACAUUUUAGAUGCGUUCUCGGUUUUUGUUAUGAACGAAACAUUGGUGGUGCAUAUGAUCCAGUGAAGGCGUUUCAACAUUAUAAAUAUGCUGCGGACAAUAGUCACACGUAUGGUUAUUUGUUCGUGGUGGGACGUGGUAUUGUGCAAGACACAAAACGAGCUUAUUAUUGGUAUCAGAAAGCUGCUACGAAUGGUGAUCCAGGUGCUCAAUAUUGGCUGGCCAAAUAUUUAGAAUCGGGAAUUGCCGUAAAGAAAAACGAGAAAUUGGCGUUAGAAUGGUAUAUGAAAGCUGUAGCGAAUAAUUGCAUCACAGAUGAAGUUGUGAAUGCUUACGUUGUUGUUGGAGAUGCUUAUGCCCAUGGAAGAUUGGGUGUUACAAUGAACCAAAGAAAAGCAUUUGGUUGGUUUAAGAAAGCUGCUGAAGAAGGAAAUUCGGACGCUAUGUUGAAAUUAGCAGAGUUUUAUGAACUGGGAUUCGGAACUAUGAUAGACUUGGAAGAAGCUAAAAAAUGGCGCAAUGCCUCACGUGGCGUUGGAGAACAUGAUGAUGAUCAGAUUUGUUCUUGA